AUGGCUGCGGAUGGGAAACUAAAAUAUCCCAUCAUUGCGGUCAAUGAGGCCGAGACGAAGCACUUUUUUGACAACCGCUAUGGCACGGGCCAAAGCACGCUGGACGGCAUUACUCGAGCCACCAACAUCCUGUGGGCGGGCCGUCGAGUGGUGGUCGGCGGGUACGGCUGGUGCGGCCGGGGCGUUGCAUCGCGAGCCAGAGGGCUCGGCGCACAGGUAAUCGUCACCGAAGUGAACCCGGUCCGGGCGCUGGAAGCAGUCAUGGAUGGAUUCCAGGUAAUGACCGGUAUUGAAGCGGCCCAACAGGGUGAGGUUUUCAUCACGGUAACGGGUGGUUGGCACGUUAUCAGCGCUGAUCAUUUUGCGGUAAUGCGGGACGGCGCGAUCGUCGCCAACAGCGGGCACUUCAACGUUGAAAUCGACAUUCCGGCGUUGGUGGCCGCCUCGGUGAGCCGCCGGGAAGUUCGGCCAUUCGUAGAGGAAUUCGUUACUGCCGACGGCAGGCGAAUCCACCUGUUGGGAGAAGGCCGGCUGAUUAACCUGGCCGCUGCAGAGGGUCACCCCUCGGCGGUGAUGGAUAUGAGCUUCGCCAAUCAGGCGCUGAGCUGCGAAUAUCUGGUCAAAAACCAUUCCAAUCUCGCCUCAGGGGUUCAUGUCGUGCCCAGGGAGAUUGACGCAGAGGUAGGCCGUCUCAAGCUGGAGACGAUGGGGAUUCGCAUUGACACACUGAGUGCGGAACAAACUGCCUACAACGAAAGCUGGGAAGAGGGCACGUAG